CCAGGAAAUGAACAGAAGAAGCCUAGUUCUCUCUUGAUUCCUGCGUUUUAUGCCUUUUGAUGGCGUCGUUGGAGGCAGCAACACGAUGAAAGUUGUCUUGUGGACCGGAAAUGGGUUUCUGGUUCAAAUCAACAUCUGGAUGGCGAGUAGAGCCGCUUGGGACACUUUUAACGAAGCAAGCAUCAAAGACACAAAGAAAGGCUUCUUGUGCGUGAGUGCUCAAAGGCUUUAACGAACAGAAGAUUCAAGGAAAAAACAGUCCACACCAACAAUGGACACAGAAGAUGACGCUCCUCAAGCCCUGAUGAGCUUUCUCUCCAAACUUGGACUAGAGAAAUAUUAUCCCAACAGACUUUCACUUCAGUCUAUCUUGGAGAUCAACACAAACAGCUUAAAUGAAAAACCUGUUUCAUCUCUAGAGGACAUACCAUGGUACUUUCUCAGAAAACUUUUUAAAAUCAGUACCAAGUGCAGGAGCUGUACACAAAUAACAAGCAAUCAACAGGAAAACAAUGAUAUCUGGGACCUGGACCUUUACACUGCAGAUGACUCUGACGAUGAUGUUAACUUUCUUGACCUCAUAGUAGCUCUGUUCCUUUGUGCUGACAGCUUCUUGCAACAGGAAAUGUCUCUCAAAAUGUCCAUGUGCCAGUUUUCUGUCCCACUGCUGUUGCCUCAUGCCAAUAAGAGUCAGUGUAGCCUGAUGCUUUGGGCUCUGAGAGACAUUGUCAAAGAGUGGCGUCCACAUGAUCUGUCUGAAUCAAAAGGUUUUGUUGAAGACAACAUUGUUCAAGCAGAUCUACCGUUCGAUUCCUUUGUGAGGCUGAAAAACUGCAGUUUAUCAAAGUCUCACUUUUUGAACCAGGUUCUCAGCAGUGACCAACAGAAUCACAAUAUGUUCAUACACAGAGAUAUGGAAGGAGGAGGAGUUAGAAGAGAAAUAUCCAAUGGACUGGUGGAGGUCUGCUGGUAUCUACCAUGUGGUGCAGAAAAUCUAGACAUAUUUUCAAGGCCUGUGGCUUUUGCAAAUAUGAGAGGAGACAUUUGUGAGUCACUUCAAAAGUUCAAGUUUAUUUUUCAAGUGUCAAAUGUCACCUUUGUGUUCCUGGAUAAAGUUGAAGAAAAGGAGCUUGAGAUUUUGACUUCUGUUAAAGAUGUGAAUUCUAAACUCUUCCUGGUAGUUAAUCAAAAGGAGGGGAAUGUUAAAGAAGACAUGAUGUCAGUCAAGAAAACACUGGAGACACUAGAUUUACCAAAGAACAAUUUAAUAGUCAAAAAAACAGGUGAUAAUGGAGCAAAGUUUUCAAAGAAACUUUGUGAAGCCAUCAAGACAUGUCUCUCAGAUGUCAAAGCUACAACCAGCAUUGUAAAUAUGACUGACAAAGCUGUUGAACUUGGUCUGUUUGUGGAUGAAAACAAAACUGACCAACAAAACAAAGCAGCCAAAAAGAUUGUUGAUGGCAUUGGGGUCAGAUCGAUUCUACGAUACAAGAAUCUGCAACUUCCUCUGCAAGGAGAUAACUGGAAAACAUUAUCAAAAAUAGAAAAGGAGGAGUGUAGACCAACAAAAUCUGGUGACUCAGCACUGGAAGAGUAUAAAUCUUACCUACAAGAAGAAAAAGAAAAAGUGAUAUCAGAACAAAGAAAAUACAAAGUAUCCAAAGGAAUGGAGACUUUUAUUUCUAACUUAUCAACAAAUGACAAAGAAAAAAGAGACUUUUUCCUCAAGUGGAUGAAACUAAAACUUGAUACAAAUUCAAGAAAAGAACUGUCUGUUCUGCGAAACAAAUUCAAAGAACAAUGUAAGAAGAAAGAUGUGAAACAAAUAGCAGAGUUGGAUCAAGCUUUGGUGGAGAGCUCUUUAGGUGUAGAACAUUACAUGAGAGAGAUGGGACUGAUCUAUGAGUUUUUGCCAGAACCUCAUCAUGAAAGAUAUCAUCUCCCUUCUCUGGCUGCUGAACUGCUGUUGGAUGGAUAUCCUUUAGAGCUCUUGGAUGGAGAUGCUUCCAACAUCCCAGAGAGAUGGGUGACAGAUGUGCUGAUGGAGCUUCACAAGAAGGUUGGAGAGAAGAGCAGACUGUUGGUACUGACUGUAUUAGGAGUUCAAAGUUCAGGGAAGUCAACACUCCUCAACACCAUGUUUGGUGUACAGUUUCCUGUCAGCAGUGGCAGAUGUACCAGAGGAGCUUAUAUGCUGUUCCUUAAAGUUGGAGAGGAUUUGAAAAGUGACUUAAAGUCUGACUUCAUAGUUCUCAUUGACACAGAGGGUCUAAAAUCUCCUGAUCUGGCACAACUAGAGGACAGUUAUGAGCAUGACAACCAGCUGGCAACCUUUGUAAUCAGCCUCAGUGAUGUCACCAUCGUCAACAUUGCAAUGGAGAACUCAACUGAAAUGAAAGAUGUUCUGCAAAUCACAGCCCAUGCAUUCUUGAGAAUGAAGGAGAUUGGUAAAAAACCCAUUUGUUAUUUUGUUCAUCAGAAUGUUGCAGCAGUUUCAGCUGAUUCCAAGUGUCUGACAGAAAGAAAACAUCUGUUGGAUCAACUCAAUGAAAUGACACAAAUUGCAGCUGUAAUGGAAAAACAACCUUCUAUCAAAGCCUUCACUGAUGUACUGGACUAUGACAUAGAUAAAAACAACUGGAACAUCCCAGGACUCUGGCAUGGAACACCUCCAAUGGCUCCAGUGAACACAGGUUACAGUGAAGCUGUAGCUGAGUUCAAGAAACAUCUUCUGGAGACAAUGAAAGGAGACAGAAGAUCUGAACCCUCACAGAUCCCUGAGUUUCUAGAAUGGAUGAGAAGUCUCUGGAAAGCAGUGAAAUAUGAGAACUUCAUCUUCAGUUUCAGAAACACUCUUGUGGCUCAUGCCUAUGACAACCUUUGUAAAGAGUUCAGUGACUGGGAAUGGGAGUUCAGGAAAGAGAUUCUCUCCUGGCAGACAGAAGCAGAGGUAGAAAUCCUCAAAGCUGACAAUGAAUCUGAACCUCAACAUUUAUUUGAAAUGGUUGAAAGAAAAAAACAGGCAGUUUUAGACAAGAUAGAAGUCCAGCAACAAUUAAUGAAGCAGAAGCUUGAUGACUACUAUAAAAGAAAAAAUGUACAUGAAAAUCUAAUAGAAAAAUACAAAACUGACUUUUUCAACAGUGUAAAUAGUCUUGCAAAUGAAAUCAGAUUUUCAGUUCACAGUAAGCUGAACUGUGUCUUGGAGUUAAAAAAAAGUUUAGAAGAAGUCCAGAACAUUCAGAGGAAACACAGAGAAAUGAUUGAAGAGCAUGUAAGGAAAUUCUUGACUGACUUCAAGGAGAGGACGAGGUCCACUGAACAACUGACAUGUGAGUUUGAGAAGAUGUGGACUAAAGCCACAGAAAAGGUUUCAGGUCUACCUGAACAAAAUAUACCUGAAAAAAUGCUUGACCAGUUGAAAAAGCACUUUAGCAACCGUAAUGUCAGUGAGUAUUUUCAGAACAUUGGAGAUCUACAGCAGAUUGGAAUGAGUCCGUUUAAGGUCACAACUGAGCACAUCAAAACUGGAAUAAAGAACAUUGUGAAUGUGUUCAUCAAAAAAGACAUUACAAGAGAGUUGCAGACAACAGCUGAUACUAUCAUUGAGUCUUGUAAUCAAUUUGUGUAUGAAAUCACACAGACAAACACAGAUUAUGUUGAGUCUUAUACAAAGGAUCUUUUGGACAAAAUAGAUGAAAGCAUAGAACAAAUACCCAAGGACUGCAAACUUAAGUUUGAGGUUGAUCUGAAACUUCAUAUUUGUGGUUUUGCUUCAAGAGAAUUUCUCAAAAUGCACAAAAAAUUCUUAUCAGAUAGAAAUCCUAAAACUCAGCUGGAGAAAUACAAGGACCAGUGCUUUUCAGACUUUGUGGAUUUAUACAAACAGGGAGAUCAAACUCAGAAAAAAGCAAAUUAUUUUGUCAAGUUUUGCCUCAAACCUGCUGUUAAAGACUACAUGAACAGAUCUCUGGGAAUAGACAUCGUGGAUGAAGUUUUGACGAGCUCCCAUUCAGCAGAGUUCAGCUCCCGCUCUUAUUUCCAGUACAACAUUCAGACAGAGUUGCUGCAGAAGGAAGACUUUCAGAGCUUUGUCAAGUACAUUUCUAGCUAUGAAAUAUAUGUCAAAGAAUGGAUAUUUCAGCACAUUUUUCAAACAUUGUCUGAGGAGAAGACUCUGUGCAAACUGAGGAACAAAAGUCUUGAGGUCAUAGUUCAAAAGACAGAAGCAGCAACAGAACAUGCCUCAAAAGGAGAGGAUGGUGUUCUUCUGCCAGAUAACACAGAAAGCAUCACCAAGUUCUUCAGUAACAUGAGAAAAUAUCUGAUUAAAUACAUCUCAAUCUCAGUGGAGGCUGAAAAAUCAACACUGUUUCAUAUCCAAAGCACAUGUCAUCCAUUUAUCCAGAGUCUGAAGAUCUCAAUAGAAGAGAUGAAAGCUCAGCUUCAGGAGGAAUUCUCCAAAUCUGAAAACAUCACUGAGACUCUGAACAAACUUCCAAUCAAACCACAGGAUGAGCUUUUCAAGAGAGUGUUUGGUUGUGGAAAACAAUGUCCAUUUUGUAAAGUUCCCUGUGAAGCUGGAGGCAAAGAACACCCGCAACAUCAUGCAGCUGUACAUUGGCCAAGAGGUCUUAGUGGAUUCAGAUAUAUAGACUCUCAGAAGCUGAUGGAAACACUGUGUACAACUGAUGUGUAUAUUAAUAGUAAAUUCAAAAACACAGACACUAAAGGAGAGUGGCAUCCUUACAAAAAGUACCACACAUACUAUCCAGACUGGCACAUUCCUCCAGACCCCACCUUAGAGUCAUCUGACUACUGGAAGUACAUCCUGGUAAAGUACAAUGACAGAUUUGCUGAAAAAUAUGAGGCCAAACCAGCUGAUGUUCCAGAGGCCUGGAAGAGAAUCACAAAGGAACAAGCUCUGAAAGGUUUAAAAGAUGCCUUCAGCAUAAAGUGAAUAAUGUUCAAACCUGAGAAACAUCUACAAACUAAACAAGGUUUAAGAUCAGACAAAAAUAAAUUUAGUAAUUUUCUUGCAUUUCUCAAGUCUAGUUCACUAUAAAAAAAUAAUAAUACAAAACUCAACAACAAUUUAAAUAAUUUUGAACCUGUGAAUGAAACCAUGUGUUCAACAUAAUACAAUGAUCAUACUGAACUUAUCAUGUAAGGAAAUAUGAAAGAUGGAAAUAGCUGUUUUCUUUUUAGUUAUUAAUACUUUAUUUAAAUGUGUUUCUUUUUUAUAUUUUUCUCAUGGCUGGAUUUCCAGUAACCAGUGACAUGAUGAAGAUGAUGAGAAUGAACAGCAGACACCAAGUGAAAAAGAAAUGUUUUAUUAUGUGUUCAUUCAUUGAUGCAGUACGUCUGAGGGUUACAAAAUUAUGUUUUAUUUUAUUUUUUAUUUUUAUAUUUGAAGUUAAGUUGAUCAAUGUGACUCAAAACCCAAUAGCAAUAACUUGGUUUGUGCUUCUUGCUUUAAAAAAAAAACUCAUAAAGAAGUGGAGAUAUUUUAAAAUGCUUUUUAUAUUUUUUGUGUUUGUUUUAUUGAUAAUUUCAAGUUAUGAGUUUUUUUUUUUUUUUUUUUUUUUACAGUUUUAAGUAUAUUUUAUUCUUUUGCUAAAUGGAAUAUUUAAAUGUCAAGAAGUUACCGCUGUUCUUGAAAGAAUUGAUCCUUAACAUGAUGAUAUUAUGAUGUUCAUUGUUAAAUAGAUGUUAAUGUUUUGUAGAAGUAGCAAAGAAACUGGAAACAUUUAGUUUUUCUUUAUUUUGUUCUGGAGAGUUCUUUUAUUUUCUUGUCAUUAGUAGGUAGAAAUACUACAAUAUAGUAGUAUACUAUAUAAUGUAGUAUGUAAUAUGAGGCCACAUGUGUCAGAAAAUGUAUGUUUUAAGGAGAGGAUCCAAACACAGGACAAAACAUGAGGCAGAGAAUCCAGGGAAAAAGGUAUUUAAUGAAAAUAAGCGAGAACAAAAAGUGCUGCGGAAGGCAGGAAAAUCCAAAGACAAAAACUAAACUCACUAUAUAUGGUACGGAUAACACACAGGAGGAACACAAAGAGGUAACAACGACGCGGGAUGGAACAAAGGGAAGGACACACGAGGAAACAACAGACAGGAAAUCAACUUAGCAAAAUAACACAGGAAGCUCAACACAAACACAAAUACAGGACAAGGACACAAAACCAUGACAACGUGAGACAGAUGUUUUCUAAUAUAUCUCUGUUCUUUCAUAUUUUACAGUUUUAUUUGUAACAUGUAAAUAAUUCUCAUAUUGUGAUGAAUGUAACGAAAAAGUCAGUGAAAAAGUUCAGACCACAUGUUUUAAUGUUCUAAAUAAGACAACAGCAGGUGGCGCUGAUGCAUCAUUAGUAUUUUAGACCAAAAUUGCCGUAAUUUUCUGUUAUUUUUCAAGAUUCUUUAUUACAUACAGCACAGCAAUGUGAGCAAUGACUAGUGAGGAUGAGAUAUGUUCAAACAUGUGUCUAAUAAAUAGAAUGUAAUAUAAAUCAA